AUGGCUGAGGCGGUAGGCCUCGCCGCAAGCCUCAUCGCUAUCAUCGACCUGUCCGCGAAGGUCGCGAAGGUCUGUUCCGACUACUCCACCGCCGUCGGAAAUGCUAGGGCCGACAUCACACGCCUCCAGAGUCAGCUGGGCAACCUAGGCGAAUACCUCCAAGGAGCUCGGCGUCUUCUCGAUGACCCGAAUAAUCAAUCGCUUGCAACGUCGCGAAAAUUGGUGGACUCUGUCGAUGGCUGCACGUCAGAGCUGGUCCAAGUGCAGAACAGGCUGGAUCCGGGCAAGGCCCGCAAGGCGAUGCGGCGUUUUGGACUUCGUGCCCUCAGGUGGCCGUUCGAUAGCAAGGAGGUUACCGAGAUCAUCUCUAACCUAGAGCGCUAUAGCCAAACCAUUAUGCGGUGUCUGCAAAUCGACUAG